ACUACGAGACCACAGAAGAAUUUAAAAUUAAAAAAAAAUAAAAACGAAGGUUGAGACUUUGAGAGGAAGCAUUGGUCGCAAAAUAAAACAGUACCUUGAGAGAAGAGAGAAGAGAGAAGAGAAACACGAUUGACAGCAGCAAUUGCUUCCUCCAUGAGUGAUAAUAGAAGCUCCAAGUCUUCAACUUCAACGUCUCCUUGUGCCCUUCUUAGAGAUGCAUAUCACAAUUGCUUCAACAGGUGGUACGCGGAGAAAUUCCUGAAGGGUCACUGGGACAAAGAAGAAUGUGUUUCCGAGUGGCAAAAAUACAGAGCUUGCCUUUCCGAACAUUUGGAAGAUAAACAUCUUAGUCGUUUCUUGGAUGCUGAAGGCAUUGUUCAAGACAGUGCUGUUGCUUCUCAAUAACUUUUAGUGGGAGUAAGGUGAUUCGUAGAUCCAUUACUGCAAAAGACAGGGAAUUGAUCAGAUGUUUCAUAUGUUUACUGCAAAAGAUAUGGAAUUUUUCAAUAAUCCGUGAUCAAUUGAGUAACUUCAUUGCCUAGUUAUUCAUUGUAUUGCUGUGCAAAUUUAUAAUUUAUAUUGUUUAAAUGAUAGAAACCUAGGCUGAACCCUUGGUAUAGACUAUAGAGUUUUUACUGUAACAUGAAUAGGUUUUAAGAAUGUGACCAAAGCAAUGGAAAUUGCAUUCUUCGGUUAGGAUGUCAAGUGACAUAAUUAUCUGCUACAGGGUUUUAAGUUCUGUGAAGCAGGCUUAUUGCUGUUUUACUUCUGUGAGGUGUUGACAGAAUUGGAUGAUGUCCGUUCCUAAUCUCUAAGCAAGAUUCAGUCACUAUUCAUUGACAACAAUUAUGUUGCAUUGGUGUAUGCUUGUUUUUCCUGCAUGAUUUAGUGGUUGCCUUUUAGUUACAUUCCUGCCCUCAUCUUAAACGACUUCGUGUCUAUCUCUUACAAGCUUAUUGGCCUAACACCCAUAAAAAUAGUCACCAAAACACACUCAUGUAUGGUUGAAGCCUCAGUUUAUUUUGUCAAUUUCACUUGGGUAAAAUUUGAGCAGUUUUCUCAUGCUUCUAUUUCUUUUGGAUAGAGAAAGAACUUUAAUAAUGUUCUCUUCCAUAUCUAAUAGCCCUAACACCAUGGGUUUAGAACCAUGAAUGAUUUGGCUGUAGGGUACGAGAGAGAACAUGGGAUGGACUAUUGGAUUGUAAAGAAUUCAUGGGAUAAGAGCUACUGAGCUACAUCAGAAUGGAACUUGAGUGAGAGCACUACUUGCCAAAAAGAAAGGUCAAAACCUCCCAAACCUUGGACCAUUUCCAUGUUUGUGAUAAUUACUACAGAUGCGCGGAGAGCACUACUUGCCAUUGUAUUUUCGAGUUCGUAAAUUCUUGUCCUUUUGAGGAUGCCACCUGCUGUGAAGAUCACUUGAGUUGCUACCCGCAUAACUAUCGCAUCUGCAACGUUUACGCAUGGCCUGUCUAACGAGUAAGGAUAUUCCAUUUGGAGUGAAGGCGUGAAAGAGAACUCUAGCUAAACCCAACUGGAUAGAGAGAACGGAGGGGGCGUUGCUGGAGUAGGCUGGGCUUGAUUAUGAUUUUGUAUUUGUGAUGCAUGUAACUAUCUGUUGUAUAGAUGAGUUAUGAAUAAGAAGUUGGAAGAAUCGUGUCUUUUCGUUUCAAACUGUCGCAUCUCUUCGCUUGCGAAGAGUCGUGCCUCUUUGCAAGCAAACAGUAGCACCUAUUUGUUUAUGAAUAAUUAUGCCUUUUCAUCUUGUGACCAUUCAUCUCUGUA